AUGUAUAUUUUCACGGUGAUUUUUGGCGCCGUUGCGGUGCUACGUUUCUACGUUACGGCUGAAUCGAACGCGCAGAGCGAUGCAGCGGGUAGUCAGGCGACAGGGGCCAAACUCGCAGUACCAUUCGCUUCAUUACUAGGAACUGAAUCGUAUCAACAAGACGACAGACGCUAUAAUUUCCCAUUUGAUAGUAUUUAUAGACCAUCCCAAAGCAAAAGAUGUCCUUUAUGUGAUAACGAUUUACCCUAUCAAUGCAAACUGGCGGAUUGUCGAUUUUUGCAUGCGAAUAGCUGCAAAGAGCACCGAUUAAUCGCUGUCUGUUGCUGCAGCGACGAUUACCGCUCUUUAUUAAAAAGUUUCACCAAAGCUUAA